AUUUCCCUCUUACUUUCUCUCUCUUCAUCUUAGAGAGAGAAACCACUUCUUCUUCUCGAAUUCAAAAAUAUCAAACCGUAAUCAACGCAAUUACUCCACAAAUUAAUCACACUGUUUACACUAUCACUUUUACCACAACCAACAUAAUUAAUCAUCAUUGCCAGCGUGAAAGUGAGAAACAGUUGAGUAUAACCACAAAACGUUCAUUCAUUUCUCAAACGGUUUCUUUCAAAAGCAAUGUAGUAGACAGUGGCGGAGCCACGUGAGGACUGGGUAUGGCGAUGUCCUGCCCAUUAAUUUUGUGAAAUUACCAUAAUACCCUUAAGCUAAUUUGAAUAUUACAGCUAUGCCAUUCACACAUUCCUUUUUUCUCAUAACGAAAAGAAGCGUAUCCUUUCCAUUUCUCUCUCGCGAGUCUGCGACCGGGAACCUCCAUCUCCUCUACCUCACUCACCGGCAAUCAGGCCCCGACCGGCGACCUCCGUCGAACUCAUCGCCACCAUCUCUUCUCUCUGUAUCGUUCUCUGACUCUGAAUCUUCAUUUGUCUCAAUCUCUCCACAAACCCUAAAACUGUUAAAAAACUUAGCAUUGUCAACUGUAUAAAAGUCAAGAUGAAAAAUAAAAAAAUCUAUUCAUUUUUUAAGAGAAAGGCCGAUGAUAUUUGCUGCUGGGUGUUGUGAGCAGCUGUUAAGAAGGUUUACUGCUGGCUAUAGCGUGUUUCUGCUUGUCUGAUAUAUGCUGGUAACUGUGUGGCUGCCUAGUAGGUUUGGUGUUGGCUGAAGUGUGUUUCUGCUAUUGUGUUGCAGUCCUGUUUCUUUUGGAGCUUUAUAGGAUUUAUUUUGUUUAUUGCUCUGCUGUUUGUGUUUUGUUCCUUUUAUUGCUCUGCUUUAGGAAUGGAAAAAAAAAAACUUGAACAAAUGAAUGUGUGAGAAUUUUUUUGCUGACGGCCAUCUCAAUUUUUUUUGUCUGGCUCCGCCACUGGUAGCAGAAGAAGAAAACGAAAACCCCAACACACCAAAGAGUGUUUUUCGGCUAUAUCAUAUGUGUCCAGAGCAAUUUGAGCAACUUUGAUAUAGGUACUCAACCAAAAAUCAGUUACCACCACGAUUGAGAGAAGAAUGAUCCUUACUACGUGCAUUGCAACCCCAACACACCACCCUGACCCUCCAAAACAACCUCCACAAAUUCACCCUCCCUCUACAUUUUCUCCCCCAAACAACCCCAACAAAAACCAAACACUCUCUCUAAAACACAAACCCAACUCAAACCAAACCGUAUCAUGGACAUCCUCAAUUUCUCACCACUGCAAAAAUAACAAUUUCCUCAAAGCAGCUUCCGAAUUCAUCCAAAUGCUCGAAGCCGAAGUCGAACCCAAUCACAUCACCCUCAUCACUCUCCUCUCUGCUUGUGCCCACUCUCCCUCCAAAACCAGCAUCACCUUUGGAGCUGCAUUACACACACACGCUUUCAAACAUGGCUUUGCCAUGAAUGAUGUGAUGGUGGGUACUGCAUUGAUUGACAUGUAUGCCAAAUGUGGGAAAUUGGAUUAUGCUAGAUUGGUUUUUGAUCAAAUGGGUGUUAGAAAUUUGGUUUCUUGGAAUACUAUGAUUGAUGGGUAUAUGAAAAAUGGUGAUGUUGAUGAUGCACUUAAACUGUUUGAUAAAUUGCCUGUGAAGAAUGUUGUUUCUUGGACUGUGGUUAUUGGUGGGUUUGUUAAGAAAGAGUGUUAUGAAGAAGCUCUUGAGUGUUUUCGAGAAAUGCAGCUGGCUGGUGUUGUGCCAGAUUUUGUGACUGUUAUUGCGAUUAUUUCCGCGUGUGCUAAUUUGGGUGCACUUGGUCUUGGCUUGUGGGUUCAUAGACUUGUGAUGAAGAAAGAGUUUAGGGAUAAUGUUAAAGUUUUGAAUUCUUUAAUAGAUAUGUAUGCGCGAUGUGGGUGUAUAGAGCUUGCUCGUCAAGUGUUUGAUGGAAUGAGUCAGCGAAAUUUGGUGUCGUGGAAUUCGAUCAUUGUUGGUUUUGCGGUUAAUGGGCUUGCUGACAAGGCUUUGAGUUUCUUUCGUUCAAUGAAGAAGGAAGGGUUAGAGCCGAAUGGAGUUAGUUACACGAGUGCACUCACAGCGUGCAGUCAUGCUGGGUUGAUUGACGAAGGACUGAAAAUCUUUGCUGACAUUAAAAGAGAUCAUAGAAAUUCGCCGAGGAUUGAGCAUUAUGGUUGCUUAGUGGAUCUCUAUAGUAGAGCAGGGAGGUUGAAGGAGGCUUGGGAUGUGAUAAAAAAAAUGCCUAUGAUGCCUAAUGAAGUGGUGCUCGGGUCAUUGCUUGCAGCUUGUAGGACUCAAGGGGAUGUUGAAUUGGCUGAAAAAGUGAUGAAGUAUCAAGUUGAAUUGUACCCUGGUGGAGAUUCAAAUUAUGUGCUUUUUUCUAACAUAUAUGCUGCUGUUGGAAAAUGGGAUGGUGCGAGCAAGGUUAGGAGGGAAAUGAAAGAACGUGGCUUACAAAAGAAUCUAGCUUUUAGUUCCAUUGAGAUUGAUUCCGGCAUUCAUAAAUUUGUGUCCGGUGAUAAAUAUCAUGAAGAGAAUGAUUAUAUUUACUCAGCCUUGGAGCUUUUGUCUUUUGAGCUGCACUUAUAUGGCUAUGUUCCUGAUUUCUCUGGAAAAGAAUCUGAUGUUGAUGAUUGAAUUUUGUGACUGAGUGCACAGUUACAUAACUCAUUCACUAGACCUGAAAUGUACCAAUUAAAAACAUUAAAACCUAAACUUUUCCUCAUGUUAUGUAGCAAAAGGUAUAUAGUCAAUUUUUAUUGCAUCUUAUAUGAAUUAUGUAGAAAAAUCAUACUGUUAAAAAAAAAACACAGUUUGCUUAUCCAUGUUACAAGCGACAAUGUCUCUAUCUAGAUUUCUAUUUAUGUA